GACCCUGUCCCCCUGCUGCUUUUCUACAGCAUCAUUUAUGAAUGUUUUAACCCAUUCAGACCCUCACUUUUCUUUGCCAUUUUUAUGUGUAAUACUGCUUGAUAUGGUUUCAGUAAUACAAUCAACAAAUUUUGUGCUAUCUUCACCAAAAUGAUAAUUUUCAGACAAUGCCUGACCAAAGUUGUAGAAUGAAUAAUUUGCUCUGACUAUGUGCCUGAAAAAGCAAUACUAAUAGACAUCCGACCAAUGCUCAUGUAAUGACCUAUGACAAAGAAAGAAUAUGAGCUGGUUUGAGCCCUGCAGAGAAAUAUAACCAUUCAUAGUGGACAAUACUUUUUCCAAUAUGACUUGUUUCUUUGUUUAAGCUAGUGUAUGUGUUAAUAGUUAUAUUUUGGAAGAUUAUUCUUUCAAAAAUGAAAUUAAAAAUGAAUACAUUUUAUUAAUUUAAAACGCAUGUGAUUCUUGGAUUAUUUGCAAAGUUUGAACAUCAUACAAUGAAAGUUUAUCUUUUGGGUCCUGUCAGUUAAAACAUUCAAGCGAUUUUAAACCAAUCGAGCGCACAAAGAUGUGAAAGAGAACUCUAUUCUGUAUGUGUGGCUGUUUUCUGUGCACACACACACGCGCACACACACACACAGACAGACAGACAGACAGACAGACAGACAGACAGAGAGAGAGAGAGAGAGAGAGAGAGAGAGAGAUGCGCAGAUGCACAUGAACAGUGAAUGCCGUUCUCUUCCGCGUCUAUUUGUGCUUGAACGUACAAAUACAUGCAAAAAAAACCAAUGUAAAACAUCGAGCAUCCUCAUAAACGCAGUUGCUUAGGUGAAUUAAACAAUUUAAAAAAUGGAAACCGGAUGUGUAACAGUAGUUCGGGCUUAAAGUGACAGAAGCCCCUGCUGCUUUCUGUGUCAUGAAUUGUUAAUCAAACAACAAAACACUUUUGUAGUUUUGUAAUUAUAUUUAAUUUAUAAGGUGAAGGCUAUGAACUUGUUAUUUUACAUUUGAUUAUUCAAUUUCUGUACCAGAAUACUUAGACUUACCUGGAAAAUAUAAAACACUAUUUAUUUAAUUUAUAUCUUUGUUCUAAUAUCUAUGCUUGUAAUUUGUUCAUUGUUUUCUAUGUGUUAUCACUCACCUACAAAAAACAUCAUACUAGAAUGAUUAAUUCUUUCCAAAUAGAGCUAUUCAAGUCAUCUGGUGAAUUUUCUUUCAUAUCGCAGAAAAAAAAAAUAUUGCAAUGUCAGUUUCUUCCAAUAUUGAGAACCCUAAUAAAUAUAUUUAUUACAAAAAUUAUAUAUAUAUAUAUAUAAUAGAGAGAGAGAGAGAUUUUUUUUUUUUUUUUUUUUUUUUUUAAAUCAUAAACAAUCUUGUAAUUGAUUAUAAUGUAUGGCUCAUUUAGUGUAUAAAUAAGACAUGCUGGUAUUUUUUAGUCUCUGGGUCUGAAUGGGUUACAGCAAAAGAGUUGCAUGGCACAGACUUCUGUACAAUAUCGUAUCUGGGGCUCUGGGGGCGCAUCCCCAUUUUAGCAAUUGUUUUUUUUCCAUCAACCAUGUGGGGAGGAAAGCAAUUCAUUACUGGCUGACGUAAGCACACACACACACGCGCACACACACACAGCCAGCAGGCCUAUCGCCUACAACCUGUUAGCUAGAGGUCUCGACGAGACUCCGUCUGCCUCGUGUGCUGCUGGACUGCUGGCGAUGACACAAUAGGAUGGAUGCCGCUAGCCUGCUAGCUCUGAAGACAGACAGUGACGUUGAGCAACAUUUCCCGAGAUUAUGCUGAGCAUCCUUGCAGCUGGCUCCAUAUUCUUCCCCGGCCUUUUCCUACUGUCUAAACGAUUCCUGAAACAUGGUCCUGGGCUCAGAUGGAGCGAGAAGGAUGCUGUCAUUGUCUCGUCCAGACUGGUGUCCUCCAUUCAAGCCAUUAUGGCAUCCUCUGCCGGGUACAUCAUCGCCUGUUCUUGUAAAGACAUCAUCGAGGACCAGCAUUGGCUCACCAGCAGCUACAUCCUCUUUGCGGUCCCCUACUUCAUCUAUGACAUCUAUGCCAUGUUUUUGUGCUACUGGUACAAACUUCAGGUCAAAGACCACGAGGAGGAUAGCGAGGCCAAACCGAUGAGGUCAGCCAUCAGUGGCUAUCUGCGCCGAGAGUUCCUUAUGGUCUUGCACCAUGUCGUCAUGGUUACUGUCUGUUUCCCUGUCUCCGUGUUCUGGAGACAGGGCAAAGGGGAUUAUUUCCAGGGUGUGAUGUUCCUAGCAGAACUCAGCACCCCGUCUGUCUGUCUGGGAAAAAUACUCAUCCAGUACAAGCAACAACACACUCUCCUACAUAAAGUCAAUGGAGCUCUUAUGCUGGUCACUUUCUUCAUCUGCAGAGUUCUUCUCUUCCCCUACCUCUACUACGCCUAUGGCAGGUACGCAUCCAUCCCCUUCUACAUGGUGCCGCUGUCCGUUCCCUGGCAGUAUAACGCAGGUGCAGCUUUGCUCAUGGCUCCGCAGGUUUACUGGUUUUCCCUCAUCUGCAGGGGUGCCUUCCGCCUCUUCACCAGAGCCUCACGGCACAAAGCGGCCAAUAGCAGCAAAGACCCGAAAACCUCACUCCAGCCCCCUGCCAAUGGAUACAGCCCAAGAGAGACUGACUCGCACUGAGAGAGCGGUAGAAAUAGAGAUGUAGGUGCAGGGUUGUUAGGUUUAGACCAAUAGGAAUCAGAAGGCAGAUGGAAUGAGUUCAAUGGGUAGAUCUUUCUUUGACCCUGCAGCAUCGGUCCGCAGGCAAAGAAACUGAAGCUGUGUACCCUCACUAUUCACCACCAUCCUCUCUUUGAGAAGAAAAAUAAGACUUCAGACCAAACCAAACAGAUUAUUUUCUCUCUAACAUGCACAUCCUCUGUGUCAGAGCAGUAGGUUGGGGAAAUGUCAUCUGCUGCUUUGCAAGGUUUGUGUGCCAUUUGUAAAUUACCAUGGUCAAAAGCUUCAGAAAAAGGGACUGAUGUGGACGAAGCAGGAACAGUAUUUAAAAUGAGUGAUGGAUAGUAGGAUUGAAAGAUCCCUCCUGUUCUCCUCUCUUUGAUUGUUACAGUUGCAUAGACGAUAUGAAAAAGGGAACAGAAAUUUCUCUGUCAAUUUGUACAUAAAUUUUUAUUAAUAUUUAUGUUGAAUUUCAAAUAGAUUUUGAAUUUAUUUUAGAUUUUUGUAGAAUCUUUAUUUAUUUAGUUAUAUUCCUCAUUAAGGGUGGAUAAGUUUAAAGCAAAGAUGUUCACUACUAAAAGAGUGAAAACCGAAGUUGUUUGAUUCAAAACAACCCCUCAGAUGCAUGGCUUAUUCCCAGUUAUCCAUCUCUCCUUUUUUCCCUUGUCUGGUUCUCAUCACAGCUGAAAACAAGAUGGCAGCGGCUGCAUCCAGUUAGUGAAUCAGCAGUUAUAAAAAAAGAAGGGGGGUCAUUUAAAGGAUUUGGAUGAAGCUGAGCUAAUGCAUUAGCAUAUCUCUGCUGCAGUACUCCAAUCCUUUUAAGAUCCAGAUGUCGGACGGAGGGGGGAAGGGACCGAACUGCCCAUUGAAACGCUGCACUUGAAAACCAGGCUGAAGUUGACAAGGAACUUGGACGAACCUGAGCCAAUCGGUUUUAUGUGAGGGUUAGACUGCCAGCAUAAUGGCCCUCGCUAUCCUCUUAGUAGAUCCACACCACAAUAUGGAGUCCAUACUACCACUGAUUGUAAUCUGCACAUUAAAUGGAAAACAACUGUGUUCUUUCUCCAAGCUGACAAGAUGUUUAUCCGCUUCUCGAGCUGUCAGCAUUUGUUUCUGUCCGGAUAUUUAGGAGGUCCACUGAUGACGUGUUGUCACCAAUUAGUCCUCACUUUUAUGGUAAAAGUGUCAUCGGUGUAACAACGUUGUCACACGCCUGCUUGUUUUGCCAUACUCACAAACAGGACUGCCAGUUUGAUGCUAAACAGUAUUAUUAGGGGUGGAAGUGAGAGGAUGAAACACAAGUCGAAGACUGAAACUUGCACUGAAUUAUCACCAGGAGGGUCGCUAAACAAACAUCCAAGUCUGUGAGAUACUUUAAAAGCACUGCAUAGAUGGCUCUUAAAUCAAAGUCUUGGAUUUAGUUCUGGACCACUAUAUUGAAAUCUUAUAGGUUAGUCAUGUUUCUGUUAACUCAUUAGAAUGUUUUUUUUCCAGCUUUACAGAUAGUGUGUUAGCUCAAAGGCAUCAAUGUAGCUAUAGAAAUGAUGCUUUUAACAUGCUCUUUACACAAAGUACUACUGUAUUGUUUUACACUGGGGCAUCACAUCACUAACUCAAAGGGACUGCCCAGUGCUGGGCAUGAAUAGGGCCAGUAUUUUCAACUAUAGCAAAGUAUACUGGUUUGGGAACUGGUUAAAAUAUUUUGAGCUAGGAAUGACUGUGUCUUCUGACUUUGUUUUUAUGUAAUUAUACUUAUUGUUAAUUUAUUCUUAUUUAUGUAUUUAUUUGGCCAAUUCUGAAUGUACAUAUGAAUACACAUCUAAAUGUUCUUCUGAGUGGGCUUCUGUUUAUCUAGUUGCCUGAAGACUGUUCUGUAAUUAUGAUUCUUUCAGCUGAAAUAUACACUUGCUCUCUCUCCUGUUGUGCUGUGAUGCUGUGUUUGACCUCCUUUUAUACUGAAACAAAGGCUCUGAUUCACCUGC